AUGCUCCUCACAGCUGUGGGUAAAGAUGGGAAUAAUCAGAUGUUUCCGAUUGCUUGGGUCGUGGUUGAGGGGGAGAACCGCGAUUCUUGGUCAUGUGGCGAGAGAGCCCGUUGCUGCCCGACAAGUGGUGAGAAAGCCUGUUGCUGCACAACCAGUGAUCAAUACAAGAGCCAGAGGAAAACGAGCUGCACCACAAGAUGCUGGCAAUGCUCAAGGGCAGAAGAGAUGAUCUCAUUGUUCAAAAUGUGGCUCACCUACCCACAAUGCGAGACUUUUACUCUGAAUAGAGCAAAUGGGAUACAGGAUGUGAGACUGAAUGUUGCUGAUAGAAGGACAAUAGAAAGGGAGUUGCGUGUUGCAACAACUGGGGUGGGUGUUUACGUGGAUGAGAGAACCGGCAACCAGUAUGUACGGCUUAAUGGAGCACGUGGUAGAGCUUUUGAUUUGGGUCCAUCUCAACAACCUAGAGCUGUCGAAGCAAAUGUGGUGGAGCUGGGAGGAAGUCAGCCCCCACCAUCUCAGCCUUAG